AUGUUAUUGUUUAUUUCUCUUCUUUUAAUCAUUCCUAAACAUGUCAAAUCUGAUCUAUGGGCAGAAACCGAACGAAUGCCAGAUCUCCAGCAAUGGCGAGCUCUGUGUGGAUAUUAUGCUGUUGCCACCGCCUACAUGAAGGAUAGUAAUGCCCGGAUCACGGUAUUCGCUCCAGUCGACGACGUUUUCACCUAUAAUCCAGAUAUCAGAGCAUUGGAUCAGAAAGAAACACUUUCUCAUAUUGUCGAUUCACAAGUAGUCGAUUUGACGAUGAAUAAAGUUUGGGAGAAGCAAACUUUGAUUCGAUCAACCAUCAAUUCAGGUUACACAUAUAUCACACAAUUUGAGAAUAAUCCUGGAAAUUUCUCUUAUUUCGCCAAUGCUGGAAUGCUCUGUAAUCAUGCGUCCAACCAAUGGGGUAUUAUAUCCGGAGAGCAAUAUCUGUUUAAAAUUUGCACUCCAAUUGGUCAUCGUCCAUAUCCGGGAACUGCACUUUCGUUUAUUCGAGAACACGAUGUUACAGUAUUCGAAGAGCGACAGUAUAACAACAGAGAUUUAUCUCAAAUCCGAGACAUUCUCGAUCGUACUCCUGAUAUUGCCCUCGUCAUCUACGGAUCAUCUGCCUGGAAUGGAUUUCACACAUUUUUCAUUCCCAACGAUGCAGCUUUUGCCAGAGUCGUCGAUCGUAAUCGCAUUGAUCGUGAAGUUCUUCUUGCUCAUGUCACAAGCACAAAUCGAGUUCUAUUCACCUGGCCAUGGUUAUACGAUGGAGGACAACACUACUAUCCAUCUGUCAGAUUUUCGGCGAAUAUUAUUGAAGACAACUUUAAAUUAAAAUUGGUCAUGAGAAAUAUCACAGAUAGAAGAACUGGAAAAUGGGAUUUAUACGCUGUAUCGGAAGUCUACGAGAGAUACUCUCAAUUCAGAAGAGGAGCGGUUUGGGCGAAAAUUUUGGUUCCAAACAUUCCAACUCAGAAUGGAGUGGUUCAUAUCAUUGAUAAUGUGCUUGGAAUUGUGUCAGAGACGAUUGAUAUGAUGAUUUAUAGAAACGAAAAGACUACAACUCUUAUGAGAUACAUCAAUACAAUCGGUCAAAUCGUUCGCAACUAUUUCUCGGCCACUGGAGGACUUGUUACCUUCUUUGCUCCGUGGAAUGAAGCGUUCGAUCGAAUCCCGGAGCAAAUCGAAAGACGUCUUCUUCGGGAUAGAAUUUGGUUGGAACAGAUUCUGAAACUUCAUAUAGUCCCAGCAAAAGAAUUGACAUCAGAUGAAAUCACAAAUGAGACAAUUGUGAAUACAAUUGAUAAUAUGAGACAAUUGUAUUUUAUAAAAGGAGAAUGGCCAGCUAAUAAUGUCACAUAUUAUGUCAUCGGAGGAGGUAUUAAAACUGCGAUUAUGAUGGAUAACGUAGCUGCAACAAAUGGAAUUGUUCAUUAUAUCGAAAGAGUUCUAGGAGUUCCAUAUCAGACACUUUGGGAAAUUAUGAGAAAUGAAAGUAGAUUACAGAGCUCAUUCCAUAUGAUGCAAAAUUUACAACUUCGAUAUUCAAUGGAUCCAUGGCAAGUGUUGACACCGGAACAGAACUUUACAUUUUUCGUUCCGACGAAUGAAGCUUGGCACAAACAACCAGCAACUUUGGUGAAUCGAAUGAACGAUGGAGGCCACUGGCAAGCGCUACAAUAUGUUUAUAAGAGACAUAUUGUUCAAGGACAUGCACUGAUGUAUACUGAUCUCCGUGAAAGGACGUAUGUAAUGAUGAAUGAUGAGAAGGUUGUGCUUAGGAGAAGAGGAAGAUUUUGGGAGCUAUACUGGCCACGUGGAAACCGUCGAGCACAAGUGAUAGAAGGGGGUGAAAUAGCUGGAAUCAAUGGAUAUAUGCAUAUGAUAGACGAUGUUCUCAUUUAUGAACCGGAUCUUCGAGCACAUGCAUGUACAACCGAACCCGUGUUCUUCCAAUUUCUAAUAGUUUGCCUGGUUAUGGUAUGGCGUCCCGGAUGGUUUUCUCAACUAUAUACCGCAUUUUUGUAUAGAUAA